UCCAGCUCCGUUCUUCAGGUCCGACCUGCUGCUCAGCGACCGGUUAUUCCUGCGGGGGGUUUUCUCUUUGUCCGGAUUUCAUCUCUGGAGCCGAAAUAUUAAUUAUACUUUAUUGUUUUAUGGUAUUUAUUGUCUUCAUUUACUGACCGAGAUGGGCUGCGCCGGAUUCACCUGCUCCAAGCACUCCCUGUGCAUCCUCAACAUCCUCUAUGUGAUGGUGAGCCUGCUGAUGAUCGGCAUCGCAGCGUGGGGGAAGUGGUUCGGUCUGGUCUCCAGUUUCCAGGUGGUGGGCGGCGUCAUCGGUGUGGGCGUCUUCCUCUUCUUUGUGGCGCUGGCCGGCCUCAUCGGGGCCAUGAAGCAUCACCAGGUCCUGCUCUUCUUUUACAUGAUCGUCCUGUUCAUGGUGUUUAUCGUGCAGUUCUCUGUUUCCAGUGCCUGUUUGGCCAUCAACAGAGAGCAACAGGAUCAGCUGCUGGAGGUGGGCUGGAACAACUCUCAGAGCACUCAGAGGGACGUGGAGAAGAGCCUCAACUGCUGCGGCUUCAGGCAGGUGGACCCCGACCUCCCCUGUGACGCUGCCUGUUUCCCCAACCACUCCUGUUUGCCCUGCGCUGAUAAGAUCCAGGAACACGCCGGAGAGGUUCUGCGCUUCGUCGGAGGGAUCGGACUUUUUUUCAGCUUCACUGAAAUUCUGGGCGUGUGGCUCACGUAUCGCUACAGGAACCAGAAGGACCCCCGAGCCAACCCCAGUGCUUUCCUGUGAGUCGGCACCACCAGCUCCGGCCCCCUCUGCACCGUCACUUCACCACCUCCGUGGACCUUCUCUGGGCUUUACCUGUAAAUACAACACUGACCUGUGUGUCCCCACCGACUGCUGUUAUAACCAUGUGAUGUGUUUGGUUUUUAAAGAGUGAAGUGUGUUCUGAAAACGAGUGGAACGGCACACACACACACAUUGCCUCCAGUGUGACGGCUCGGUGUCUGAACGUGCACCGUCAGCUCACUGAGCGCUCUGUGGCUGUGAGAAGAGGCGAUGUGGUCUCCAGCAGUCUGCUGUGUAUCCCACAAGUAUUUAUGCAGCCUGCCUGACGUCGACCCUCGACACCGUCACUCCUCCUGUUGUUGCCUGUUCGUCCGCCUCAAUGAACGCAAUAAUGUUACUCUGCAUAGUGAUAUAUGACCGCGUUAUUAUGACCAUGUGUGAAAGUAUGAAUACUGUGUGUGUGUGUGUGUGUGUGUGUGUGUGUGUGUUGCUCCUGGCUGCGUGUGGUGUAUUUGGCCUUUUGCAUGACUCUUCUACCAAUAUGAGCUGCUGUAUGAGAGCUGCAGUGAUGAUCUGUCUGACCUGCCUGAGUCUUUGUACUGUAAACCGCAAUAAAUAAAACACUGAAGGAAGAAAAGAAGAAAUGUU